UCCUCAAUGGAUUGAUUAUUAUUUUUUCGUAAAAAAAAACAUUCUUAUUAUGUGUUUUUCCAAUGUCACGAUCUUACAUGGAUUGAUAUGCAAUUAUGCAUGCAAGUCAAGUGUUUUACACUUUGUCUUCUUUCAGUUACUCUAAUCUUCUUUGGAAAAAAAAAAUUCCAGAACUAUGCUAUUUGUGAAUGUUAGUAUUUACGAUCUUAUAAUGGUGUUCGAUUGAAAACUGCACACAUUUGAGAUGACGAAUUAUGUUAAAAUUAAAAUUUUGGAUAAUUAUGCAAUGCCUCCGCCUAGGGAACGAGCUCGCCACAAAGCUGGGUGACACCACGCGAGCCCUAUACACUUCAUUUUCCCCGCCGGCGGCAACUGCCAGGAGGCUCAACCCACCGCCUUCGCUGUUCGCCUCAGUUUCUCAGGCGAACCAGCAGCAACCACCGCCGGCUCUCAGCACCGAUUACGUGGCGAAGAGACUCACAACUGUGUACACUGUGAGCAACACAAACAACGAGUUCAUCCUCAUUUCGGAUCCUGAUGGAGCUAAGUCCAUCGGAUUGCUCUGCUUCCGCCAAGAAGACGCCGAAGCAUUCAUGUCUCAGGUGCGAUUGCGGAGAAAGGAACUGCAGAGUGGGGCGAAAGUGGUGCCUAUUACUCCUGAACAGGUCUACAUGCUGAAGGUCGAAGGCAUUGCAUUCAGAUUUUUGCUAGAUCCCGUCCAAAUAAAGAACGCAUUGGAGUCUAUAACGCCAUCUUGCUGAAUCAGCAUCUACUGAGGAGUAGAAUUAAGUUUGUUUCUACUCGAGUAUCUCUUGAAUUGAGAAGCAAUAUGUGAGAUGACACCUCAGCCCAAAACGACGCGUCUCGACCAAAACGUUGCCGCUGCCACUAGAGGACGCAGACUUCACCAAAGCCUCAAACGACACCGCUGCCGCAUCAACCAUACAACGCCGCUCUCAACUCAUCAGUGAUGCUUAUCUCUACGAUCCUUGGAGUGGCUUGGAUUGGCUUCGGUUCUAUCAGCCUUAUCCUUCAUCUUCUUCCUCAGCACCCAAAAGCAAAAGAGAGAACCGCUUUCUCCAAGCACCAGGAUGCCUACAAACCUUGUGCUUCUCAAAAGCAUGGCUACAUCAACGGACCUUCUUCAAACGGUCCUGAAGAUUUCUGCCUAUUUAAAGGUCAUCUCCAUAUGAAGAAGAGUAACGGUUGCAGCUUGAAUAGUAAAUCAAUUAGGUUGUC